AACAAUAGCUGGGUUCUCGUCUCUUUGCUCCUGGCUUGGUAUAGGUUCAUGUCGCCCAAAUCAUACUCUCUCUCUCUCUCGGCAUUGCUACAUUUUUCAGUUUUUCACCAAACUUUAUUCUCUCUCUCAUCGCUGGAUAUCUAAUCUCCAUACCCCAUCUGUCUCGCUCUCUUCCGGAAAUAAACAAGAACAAUAUCCGCCGGAGACUUUGACGUCUCUGUCGACUCUGCUUUUAUAGCUUGCCGGAGUCUUUGUCCUUUCUGUCGACUUUGCUUUCAUGACAUGCGAUGGGACAAAUUGCAGCGCUUUGGACCUCUCAACAUUUUUACCUUCUAUUCUCCUUUUUAAUUAUAUCACUAUUCAUCUUCUCCCACUCUCUGAUUCCCUCUUUCUAUUGCUUUCUCUCUCUCUCUCUCUCCAAGAAUUAGAGCAUUAUGGAAAACUCCAACUCCAACUCUUCAUCUCACUCCCAAACGCAACAAUCUACACCUGAAUCAGAUGGGGCGAAUAUCUCUGUGCCAGUUUUCUCUGCCUCUGAGAUACUUGAAAAGCUUCGACAAAAAAGCGGAUCAGACAAGAAGCAACCUUAUCCGGCAAUGUAUUCCAGCAUAUUUGGUGGAAUAACUCUAGACCCUGAUAUGAUGGUGAUUCCCAUUGAUGAUCACAUGGUUCAUCGAGGGCAUGGAGUCUUUGAUACUGCCAUGAUUAUUGAUGGGUACUUGUAUGAGUUGGAUGCUCAUCUAGAGCGAUUCAUGAGGUCAGCAUCACUGGCAAAGAUCCCAUCUCCUUUUCCCCUCUCAACUUUGAGGAGCAUCCUCAUCCAAACAACUGCUGCAUCAAAAUGCAAGAUGGGCUCACUAAGAUACUGGCUUAGCUCUGGACCUGGUGAUUUCUUGCUAUCACCUGCUGGCUUCCCUGCAUUCUAUGCAGUAGUAAUAGAUUUUGAUUACUCACCAUGUACUGAAGGUGUAAAAGCCAUAACAUCAUCCAUACCUAUGAAAUCUCCCCUCUUUGCUGUGUCAAAAAAUGUCAAUUAUCUCCCAAAUGUUCUCUCUGUGAUGGAAGCGGAGGAGAAAGGAGCCUUUGCUUCCAUUUGGGUCGAUCGCCAUGGGUAUAUAGCUGAGGGUCCUAAUGUGAAUGUUGCUUUCAUAACCAAAACCAAGGAAUUGGUUUUGCCUUCUUUUGAGAAGAUUCUUAGUGGAUGCACUGCAAAGAGGCUUCUCGCUUUGGCACCCAAGCUGGUGGAGAAAGGCCUCUUGACAAAUGUUCGUGUUGCUGAUAUAACAGUAGAGGAGGCAAAGGGUGCGGUGGAGAUGAUGUAUGUUGGGAGUGGGCUUCCCAUUUUGCCUAUUAUAAUGUGGGAUGAAGAACCUGUUGGAGAUGGAAUGGUGGGGGAAUUGACAAUGGCACUCUCCAAGCUUCUAUGGGAGGAUAUGGUAGCUGGUCCGGAUACACAAAGACUUCGUGUUCCCUAUGCAUGAUGCAGAAGGUCUCCUCUUGCUAUUUCUUAUGUUGAAGGCUUUUAUACCACCUCUAGAGGCUUGCAAGGGCCAUGCUUUGAUGCUUCUCUCUUCCUUAUCCCUUUUUAAGUUGAGCUCUUUCAAUUAUCAAACCUUUGGGAGCUCACGUUAAAGGGGGCUUUGUUGUUCAUGAAUUGGUGGUUGCUUGUCAUGUGGAGAAUAAAAUGUUGGUGCUUUUUCUUCUUUGUUUUCCCCUUUUUCUGUGUAGUGUAGCGGUAGGAUUCGAACUUCUUAGUGUUACAACUAUCAACGCUUUUAACCAA